AUGGACUACUUCGACCUGCAGCUACAUGGAGACGGCGGGGACUUCAAUGACGAAUUUGGGUUGGGGAGGAGUGAUGAGGCAUUGCUCACCGAACAGCACGGUGUAAGAACACCGGCAAGUCUUCGCCCACGUCAGAUAAUUUGUCCUGCAUUGACAACAGCUCCGAAUGGCCAGGUCGGGACACCAAUGGAAUCGCACUGGAGCGCGGAGAGACAGGUCACUAUGUCCGUCUCGACGACAUUCCAGCCGACCGCUAUGCUAGACGUUACCUUCCCUGACAUUGCUCUGGUUUCUUCCGAUCAAAUCCUCUUCUACGUCCAUAGGACCCGCCUACUCGCAGCAUCAGCCAAUAAGUUCAAGGACCUCAUAAACCCCUACUCCCCGACAGAUGGGACCGGAGGGCCACCUACCGUCGUCCUGCCCGAGAGUGCCGACGUACUGAAUAUCGUCCUUCAUACGAUCUACUAUCUCCCCGCCGCGCAAUUCCUACCAUCUUUCGAGACGGUGUCCUUGGGGUUGGAAUCCCUUCUCAAGUACGGGUUCGCACCACAGCUAUAUGCAACACCAUCGCAGCCACUAUUCUCCCUCCUACUUUCCUUCGCGCCUCAUCGGCCCAUUGACACGUUCGCACUGGCGGCCGCGUACGGCCUGGAAGAUGUAGCAGUAGCGAGCUCGGCGCACCUUCUAUCCUUCUCGCUGUCGACACUGACAGACGAGUUGGCGGAGCGUAUGGGCUCCAUCUACCUCAAGCGGCUCUUCUUUCUCCACCUUGGACGCAUGGAAGCACUCAAGGCCCUGCUACUUGCUCCACCGCGGCGACACCCCGAAGCACGGGAUUGCGAUGCAAGCCAGCAGACGACGCUCGCGAGAGCGUGGGCACUGGCAUCUGCUCACCUCGUGUGGGAUGCAAGACCAAAUUUGUCAACGCACCUGCUUCGAGCAACACUCUUGCCACUUGAGCGAGGGAUCGAAUGUGCGCUGUGCAGACAGGCUCUGCAUGACAGAGUGGUGCUACUGAUGAUAAAGUGGGCUGCUGUCAAGGUGAGACGCAAACGAUGUAUUGAUUUUGGCAGCCUCCCAAUGCAUCUGCGCUGA